AUGUUUGCUCAAAAAGAAAAUGAUAACAUCACUCCAACUAUAAAAUUCAAGGACCUUGUGGCCAGGAAAAUAUCGUCAAGAAUAGUUCCUUUAGAAGAAUACAUUUUCAAGAAGUGGUACUACAAGCAGAUCAUCACAAUUAGAGAUGCUGCCCACAAGUUCCAUCCAAUUAUAGGUCAAGAUAGUAAUGCCUAUAUCGAAUCAGCAGCUACUCUGGUCAACGCCCUCCGAAGGGCACUUGCAAAGUCGAAAGAUGACAAACCUACCUUGGAACAGAUCGAGGAUGUAUUUGCCGAAACCCAAAAGAUCCAUCAGACAAGAACGGAUUCUCUCAAGGAACAGUCACAUGAGCAACAGCGGGCUGAACUACUUGACACACGUUUACAUGAACUUGUAGCAUUUCAUCUCCUCCCGCGAAUCGACAGUGAAGAUGUAACCUUCAGUUUCUCCCGCAAUAUGCCGCUCGCUGAGAAGCUGGACAGCCCUAAAUUGCCUCCGGUUCCACGACUAGUGCCUUACAAAGAUGAGCUUCUGAGUAUCCCAGUGCCUCGGGGCUCGAAAAAGUGGUACUUUAUUGCAUUCUACUUGGCGAUUGCUGGUUUGGUCCAUUACGGCACCGGUCAGUAUGGACUCGGGAGCCAUUUAGAAGGCAUCUUAACCACCGGAAAGUUCUCUUACGAUCUGGACUUUCCCUUGAAACGCAAGUAUAUUGGAAUAAAAUUUAUUGAUGACUACCUUGUGUUCUUGACAGCUGCACAUAUGCCUGGCGUGAAUAACUGGGAUCCAAAUUUGGGACUUUUGCAAAUGUACUUUCUAGGAAUGUUUGUUCAGCGUAUAACAGUAUGGUUUUCAGCACUCCGUCUUUAUGUCAUGUAG